AUGGAGGGCUCCGUGGUUACAGAGAUCUUUGUGAGUAGAGACGAUGGGAAGCCCAAACUACGACAGAAACUGCCAACACGAACGCGGCAGGUGGUGUGCGCGUCCUACCACGCCUGGCACCCCUCCGGGCGGAGCUUCCUAAACGUGCAGAAUGAACGCGUGAAGCAAGUGGCCUGCGCUGGCUCGACUGCCGUGUUGCUCCUGGAGAAGGGCUCCGUCAAGUGGUGCCGCAUCAUUUCGGAGGACGCCCCGACCCAACGCCUGAGCGAGCUGCCUGCGCAGACGAUCGCGAGCAUGGGCAAGAUCAAGGCAGUGGCCUGCACUGACGCCCACGUAGUACUACUCACCGAAACGGGUGCGGUCUAUCAGUUCAGUUCGGUGGUGACGAGGAGGACGCCCAAGCCCGUCCUCGUCAUUCCCUCGGGGGUGACCCAGCUCGCUGGCUCGGUCUACAUCUGUGCCGCCCUCACCUCCGCCAACGAGAUCUACACCUGGCAGCCCGCCGGGGGUGUUGCCAAGCCGGAGAAGGUCAACCUCGAACUCGCAUCGGGCAUCAAAUCGAUCGCGUGCGGGUCUUACCACAUGGCCGCCAUCACUCACGAUGGUCAGCUCUACACCUGGGGCACGAUCAUGCACCAGCUUGGCCCAGAGAAGGACCAGCUGGUGCCCCGGAGGGUCAUGGAGCUGGACGGCCGCGCCGUGGCCAGCGUCUCCUGUGGUGCCACCCACACCGCCUGUGUGACGGAAAUGGGUCGCCUGUACACGUGGGGAGUGGGCGAGUGGGGAGCGCUGUGUCAUGGCGACGUCGAAGAUCAGCCGGCUCCGCGCCUCGUCGAGGCGCUUGAUGGCGUGACCGUUGCGCAAGUGGCCUGCGGCUGGCAUCACACCAUUGUCGCAGUCAGUGUCGGCACGGAUCCGAACAAGACGCGCCUGGCCAAGGAUAUCUCGUCGCUCCUCGACCCGAACGGAACCGAAAACUUCUCCGACGUGACCCUCGUCGGUGCAGAGGGCGCGCGCGAGUUCCGGUGCCACAAGAUCGUGCUCCACCGAUUGCCCGUUCUCAGGCGGCUGAUCAAGGAAAGCAGCGCAGGUGGUGAUGACGGCGCUCUCCGCCUGAAGCUGGACGGCGUGCCCGACCACCUGCUGGAGCACGUCGUUGAGUGGCUCUACGGCCAGCCGCUCUCGGCCGAGCUCUCGCUGUCGGUCCUGGUCCAGCUGGCCACCGUGGCCAAGCGCCAGCUCGGCUCGGCGCAGCUGCAGCAGGCCUGCGAGUCGACGUUCGGCAUGGGUCUCAACUGCGUCAGCGUGUGCCAGCGCCUUGAGGACCUCGCCUCGUUCGACGUCGACGAGCGCGAGCAGGGGCGGCAGCAGGCGGCCGGCGACGGCGUCGACGCCGACCUGUCGCACCUGCAGCUGACGGCGACCGACCUCAGGGGCUUCUACGAGCGCUGCUUCACGCUGAUCGCCCGCAACUGGGAUCUGCUCAAGAAGGACCGGCAGCCGGAGCUGCGCAGCCUCGAGGCCCUGGCGUGCAAGCACUCCCCUCGCGUCGCCGCCUUGCUCAAGGGCGACACCCGUGCAGCCGCAGCCGCAGUUGCCGAAGCGAAGCAAAGCGAUGCGCAGGCCGAGGCCGAGCAGGAGGCAGCCACCGAUCAGGAGGACAACGAGGAAGACGGCCUGGCCGACUCACUGCUCAAGUUUGUCGACAACCCACUCUACUCGGACGUCAAGCUCGUGGUGGAGGGCCACCCCGAGGUCCACGCGCACAGGGCCAUCCUGUGUGCGCGGUCGUCGUACUUCCGCGCCAUGCUGACGCUUGGCAUGCGCGAGGCCACCGACGGCGUGAUCCAGAUCCGCGACUUGUCGCGCGAGACGCUUAUGGCCGUCCUCCGCUACAUCUACGCUGCCGAGUACUACCACCCCUCCCUGUUGGCCCACCCGCCCGAGCUCGACGAGGAGACGGUGGUGCAGCUGCUGAUGGCUGCUCAUCUAUACGGACUUCUCUCGCUUCAGGAACGCCUCGAAGCCUUCAUCGAGCAGGGGCUGACCAUGGAGAAUGCGGGCUAUUUCCUGGCGAUCGGCCAUCGCUACGAGAUCCAGUACCUGCAGGUCCUCGUGUCGAACUACAUGAUCCAGAACCGAGGCGAAUUCGCAUCGGAAGAGGGCAAGCAGGCGCUGGCGGCCCACCUGACGCCCGAGCAGAUCGAAGAGUUCAGGCGAAAGAUCGCUUGCGCGGACAAAUGUAUCGUGCAUGACCUCCACCGCAAUCACGCCGCCCUCUGGCUCGUGUGCCGCUUCACGAUCGAGGCGCGCAACGAGGCCGACCAGGUCCCUACGUGCGGUGGCGAGCGGUUCGAGGUGAAGCUGUUCCCGAUCAAGCUCGAGAAGCCCACCAGCGAGGACGCGUCCUUGCUCAGCCCCGACGCUCCGCUGUUCGACUCAGCCAUCGCCUCCCGGCUCGAGAAGCACGGCUUCCUUAAGGGCCGCGUGGCCGAGCAGAAGGACAAAGACGGACAUCCCACCGGCGAAGGCAUCUACGAAGUGACCUACACGGUGCCGUACCGGGGCAUCUACAGUGUCGAGGUGACGCUUCACGGCCAGCACCUCCGCGGCAGCCCCUUCACCGUCCAGACCCAUGCGGAGCUCACCGCCGACAAGCCGGCGACCACCGCAGGCCAGCACAAGGCCGCGGGCAAGAAGCCUGCAGCACGACGAGGCCGCGGUGUCACUGCCGCCGCCGCUGACACUCAGAGCGAGCACGAGGGCUUCGCGCUCCUUCCUCCGCCGUCGGCGUCAUCGGACGCGUCGCCGGCCGCUUCGCUGACAACCGCGUUCGGUGGACUCUCGGUGUCCGCCACGCCCCCGAUGUUCACGGCUUCGACCACCCCGUUCGCGCCCUCCUCGAGCACCACCCUCGAGUCACCGCCGGCCGCGUUCGUCUUUGGGUCGCCCUCCCCGAGCUCCUCCUCAUCAUCUUCGUCGUCGCCUUCUUCCUCCGGCUUUAGCUUUUCCUUUGGCCAGUGA